AGGAGCAUCCUGUAUACUCAGUGGAUAGCUGCCAUUUCACAAGUACUGUUACUGGUCGUCUUCAAACUUGGGUUCAAGAUGUCUGGCCGGGGAAAGAAGGCUGCACCCAAACCAAAAUCGGCAGUUUCCCGGUCUUCCAGAGCUGGAAUUACUUUCCCAGUGGGCCGCAUUCACAGGCUGCUCAGGAAAGGCAACUAUGCCAAGCGGAUUGGAGUCGGCGCCUCUGUGUACAUGUCGUCUGUCCUGGAGUAUCUCUGUGCUGAAAUCCUGGAGCUGGCGGGAAACGCCAGCCGUGACAACAAGAAGUCACGCAUUGCUCCCCGGCACAUCUUACUGGCGGUGAAAAAUGAUGACGAGCUCAACAAGCUGCUGGCAGGGGUCACAAUCUCAGAUGGUGGUGUGAUCCCAAAUAUCCAGGCAAGCCUCUUGCCCAAGAAGACCAAAACAUCAAAGGAUGACAACUCUGCUAAAGAUGUCCAGUCACAAGAGUUUUAAUUAUCAAUGGUACCACUUUUAUAAAGUGUUUUAAUGAUAAUAAAGUGAACUUCUAAAUUA